CGCAGGGAGACGGGAGGGGGUGAGAACGGAGAGUGAAUUAAUGAGCGGGAAAAAGGAAGGAGGAAUACAGACGGUUCAUAUGAGGAUUGUGCUGCCAUGUUCAGAUUAAGCCUCUUUCUCCUUCUGCUGCCCUGCUCCUCAUAUUCCACGCUGUUGGGAUGGAUGGAGUCUCCUGGGUACCCCAGGGGGUAUUUGCCUCAUAAAAGUUUAAACUGGACCAAGUGCGCGCCCAAAGGUCAAACCGUCUCCAUCAGACUGAUCCACCUGGACCUGGAGAACAGCCAAGACUGUGAAAAUGAUGCUGUGAAGAUCUCAUCCAAAGGGAACCUGAUAGCUCUUCUGUGUGGGAAAAGAGACUAUAAGGAGCUUCAGGAGACGGUGAACCCACUGCUGUUCUCCUCCCCUGGCGGCUGCCUCACUCUUCUGUUUCACUCCGAUUACUCCAACACCGAGAGACACACUGGCUUCAGAGGGUUUUAUACGCUUCAAGACUUUAAUGAGUGUGAGGACGAGCAAAUCAACAAAUGCUCUCACUUCUGCCACAACUUCCUCGGAGGCUACCACUGCUCCUGUCGUCAUGGUUACCAGCUGGACGAGGACAAACACACUUGUAUGGUGGGCUGCGCUGAGGACCUGUCGGGGUUGAAAAGAGGUGACAUAUCCAGUCUUUCCUGGCCUGAAGCGUACGCAGAAAAUACCAACUGUAAAUACACCCUGUCUGUGGAGGACAACCUUCAGCUGGAGCUGCACUUCUCUGAGGGUUUCGAUGUGGAGCAGAGCCCUGAGGGAGACUGCAUAGAUGAGCUGAGGAUUGAGACUCACUCUGAGACUUUGGGUCCAUUCUGUGGUAACAAACCCCCACCUUCUCCUUUUCUCACUCACUCGAGCCACGUCCAAAUCCAUUUCAUCUCUGACGGGUCUGGGACUAACAAGGGCUUUAAUAUCCACUUCAAGACCAGAGAUAAGGUCUGUCGACCUGUGACCUCAAACUCAAAUGUGACUCAUCUGAAAGAAGAAUAUCAUCGGGGAGAAUCAGUGACCGUAACUUGUGAUCUUGGCUAUGUUGCAGAUUCACCUGGCGGUCUAACGAGACAGUAUGGCACAACCUGCCAGAGCAAUGGUGCAUGGGCUCCCAUGUACGCCUGUGAAAUUGUGGAUUGUGGUUGGCCGGACCUUGGACGUGACAGCAUCCUUCAGAUGGUGAAUCCAGAGGAUCAAAACACAAAGUAUGGCAGCCGGAUGCAGUUUUACUGCACUUCAAAGUUCUACACACUGGAAGGAAAUGAUACAAGCACUUGUAACGCCGAUGGCGAGUGGACCAGGAUGCCAAACUGCAAUGAAGUGUGUGGAAUGCCAGAACCGUCAAGCACAGCCAGAAUUUUGGGAGGAAAGGUGGCAACGCUGGGAGAAGUACCGUGGCAGCUUUUCAUAACACGUCCAAAGUUCGGAGCAGCAUCGCUGAUAAACGAUCAGUGGGCCGUCACAGCAGCACACGUUGUGAACGACAUCCCGAGAGAAUCAAUUCAACUCUACGGUGGACUGAUAGAUACAACAACUAUUAGUAGAACUGAUGUAUCUCCCAUUCCAAUUGAAAAAAUCAUAGUGCAUCCCAGCUACAGAGGAGCCUUACCACAAACAAAUUAUGAUAAUGAUAUAGCUCUGAUAAAAUUCACGUCCAAAGUGAAGCUUGGAACAAACCUCCUGCCUAUUUGCUUGCCAGAAGUAAACAGAGGUGUGAUGGAGGGAGAACAAGGCACAGUGUCUGGCUGGGGGGCUACAUUUCAGGAUAGUAAUUGGAAUAGCACAUCAGACGUCUUACAAUACGUUGACGUUCCCGUUUACUCCCUCACUAAGUGUGGGAACACACCUAGUCUUUAUAGCAAAGCCAUGAGUUUUACUAACAACAUGUUCUGCGCUGGAGGAAAAGGGGCAGACAGUUGCAAGGGAGACAGUGGCGGUCCUUUUGUUUCACCCAUGUUGUCUUCAGGCGUAGGGCCCCAUUAUCUGAUUGGCAUUGUGUCGUGGGGCGCUCCCUGUGUGAGGGGAGGUGCAACAGGUGACAAGAAGGGUUAUUACACCAAGGUGGAGAAUUAUGUCAACUGGAUUAAUGAGAUCAAGAAAAAUGAAGCAGGGAGUAUUAAUUCAGACAUGGACAUAUUCAAUGCCAGGAUUGGUUGGACAUCUUUCAUCAUAUGGUUUCUGCGUGUGUUGGUGUGUGAGUGUGUCCCACUGCCGGACUCAGGGCAGAACCAUUCCCCCCAGUGUCCUCAGCUCUAUCCCGUCAACCUGCAGAAGCAGUGGGAGAUCAGCGUGCCGGACGGCUUCCAGAUCAACCUGACCUUCACACAUGUGGACAUCAAAUCCUCAAUUACUGUUUUACAUGAUGAAAAGGUUCUUGGAAAGUUUUGUGGCAAUGAGAACUCUGCUGAUGGACGUCACCCCGGCCACCAGCCCAUUUUGUCUCCAGGCAGCAGACUCACCCUGAAAAUCCAGCUGAGUGACUACAACCCGGACCGAAACCAGAAUGUGGGAUUUUCUGCUCAGUACCAAGCAAUAGACAUUGAUGAAUGCUCAGCACCAGAACCUGAGGAUGGAUCAGGUCCACUCUGCUCUCAGAUCUGCCUCAACACACUUGGGUCAUAUCGCUGUGCUUGUCACCAUGGCUACGGGCUGCGCUCAGACCAACGCACCUGCAUGUUAAUUGACUGUGGAGAACCUGAGCCUCUGCUGAAUGGAGGAGUAACAUUGCUGUCUGGCUUCCAGAACCAAUAUCUUUCUGUUGUUCAGUAUCAUUGCAAUGAACCAUUUUAUUCUUCAUAUGGUGGCAUUAAUGUUUCUCUCACCUGUGAAGCAGAUGGACAGUGGAGAUCCAACCAUGAUGUUAUUUUAAGACCAGCAUGCCUACCAGUUUGUGGUCGACCAACAAAACAAAUUGAAAAUGACUUUCAGAGGAUUAUUGGAGGAAAUGAUGCUGCAGAGCAUACCAUCCCAUGGCAAGCUUUAAUAAAUGUAGGUAGCAGCAGAGGAGGAGGUAUGAUCAUAGCAGAUCGCUGGAUUUUGACUGGAGCUAAUGUGGUUGUGUUUAAUGGACAAGUACAAACUCCUGAGGCUGUAUCUGUUUACCUUGGAGUUACAGAUGUUCACCAAAUUAUAGAAAAUCCUUCCCUGAAUGUAACUGCAGUCCAUGUUCACUCUGAAUAUAAUAAUUCAAACUAUUUAAAUUUUGACCACGACAUUGCAUUGAUAAAACUUAAAGACCCGAUCACAUUCCAAGCAGCAAUAAUGCCACUGUGUUUGCCAUCAGAGGAUGACACAUAUGACACCGGAAUGAUGGGGAUGGUAUCUGGCUUUGGCAUUGCAGACAAAGGCAAGCUGCGUUUUCUAACAAAUAAGCUGAAGUAUGUACAUGUUCCAGUGGUGGAACAGAAAAAAUGCAGUAAUUCUUUGAAGGGAAUGCCUAGUAGCCAGACACCAAAACUGACAAACAACAUGUUCUGUGCUGGAACUCCUGAAGGUGGGAAGGACUCUUGCAAUGGUGACAGUGGGAGUGGCUUCACUCUGCAAUCUGAAAAUGGACGAUUCUGGGCUGCUGGGAUUGUCAGCUGGGGGUUAAAAUGUGGACAGAAAGGAAAAUACGGAUUUUAUACCAAAGUGGCAAACUAUGUAGACUGGAUUAACAAGAUCAUGCGAGAAAACAUUGAAGAUUAAACACAUUAACAACUUAAGCUGAGACAAAAACAAAAACUAAAAGCUGAUUAAACAACUUUUAAAUACAAAGUUGCUCAAAAGACAAUUAAAAAUGGGCUCUUAUUGUAUAAUAAAUCAUAAAUUGUAACCAGGUUGCUAUGUAUUGCAAAUUUUUGCUCAGGUCCCUCUUGAAAAUUAGAUCUAGAUCUCAACGGGGUUUACCUGAUGAAAUAAAGGAAUAUGAAAUAAAUAGAAAGGUAGCUACUUAAUUUUGUUGUUAGUAGGUUUAGCUGUACUUGAUUUUGUUCAAAACCUUGUUCAUUCAAUUUGAAUAAAGUGGUUUAAGCGUC